AUGUCAGAAAUUGUACAACCAAAUCUCCAAUCCAAAAAGACAACCAAUUUUGAUGAUGAGAACGGCACUUGUUUCGACACAACCUCGAUUACUUCUUGCCGGACAUCGAUUCUUCAGAUGGGUUUUCCAUCGGAGAGCGAAGAGAUCAUCAGGGAGAUGAUCGAGAAAGAGAGACAACAUUCGCCGAGAGAUGAUUACCUCAAGAGACUGAGAAAUGGAGAUUUGGAUUUGAAUGUCAGAAAUCAAUCCCUUGAUUGGAUUUGGAAGGCUUGUGAGGAACUUCAGUUUGGACCACUGUGUAUGUGCCUAGCAAUUAACUACUUGGAUCGUUUCUUAUCUGUUCAUGAUUUGCCUAGUGGAAAAUCUUGGACUGUGCGAUUGUUGGCUGUGGCUUGUUUAUCCUUGGCAGCCAAAAUAGAGGAAAUUAAAGUUCCAGAGUUAAUACAUCUACAGGUUGGAGAUCCAUGGUUCAUGUUUGAGCCUAAAACAGUCCAAAGGAUGGAACUUUUGGUGUUGAACGUGUUGGGAUGGAGGUUACGUGCCGUGACGCCGUGCUCUUACAUAAGGUACUUGCUGAGUAAGAUCAAUGGCUAUGGCUAUGAUCAAGAACCAUCCAGCAGAUUGAUAUUAAGAUCACUACAAGUGAUAGCCACCACAACCAAAGGUAUUGACUUUUUGGAGUUUAGAGCUUCAGAGAUAGCUGCUGCAGUUGCUCUUUCUGUUUCUGGAGAACUUCACACAUUACACUCUGGCAAAUUCUCCUUCUAUUCUUUCUUCUCACACCUUGAAAAGGAGAGAGUGAAGAAGAUUGGUGAAAUGAUAGAGAGAGAUUGGUCGCCUUCAUGUUCAGAAACACCCAAUUAUGCAGUCUUACAAUUUAAGACUCAUCAUCAUUCUCACUCUCUUUCUACUACUUCUGUUUCCUCUUCCCUCACUUCUCUUUCUUAA